CAGCUCGUUUGCGGCGCCGUGUUUGUUUUGCUUUGGAUUCUCCACGAAUCGGUCGGGUUUGCACCAGCGCGCGACGAAAUAGCUGUGAUAAAAUGGCUCUAGCACGCAGCUUCUUGCGGUUAGUUUGGCGAAGCAAUGUGUACCAACUAGCUACACCAGCACAGACAAGGACAACAUACCGGUUGGCCAGCUUGGGAUGGAAUUCCAGUCCACGAAAUUCGUUUUGCACUAAUGUUACAGCGCUUGAAGCUCAACAGAGUGGCCCAAAUGAAGAGGUGGGUAGGAUACAGCCCCGCAAAAUGAACCUCAUAUAUACGUGCAAGGUGUGCAACCAUCGGAACAUGCACAUGAUAUCCAAGCAAGCGUACGAGAAAGGUGUCGUGAUAGUGACGUGCGAUGGAUGCAGCAAUCAUCAUUUGAUCGCAGACAACCUGAACUGGUUUACCGACCUGAAUGGGAAGCGCAAUAUUGAAGAGAUACUGGCCGAGAAGGGUGAGAAGGUUACGAAAAUAUUUGAAAAGUAGACGGAAGGCUGGGUAGAAUUCCCUGUUGUAAAUAAAAUUGUUCCGGAUUCUGUUAUAAUUGCGCUAA